AUGAGCAAAGGAUCGGAAAAUAAGAAUAUGGAGGAUCAAAGAACGCAUUUUGAUGAAAAGGAAAAAAAAAAGUUGUUUUUGUAUGGUUAUGAACAACAGUUACUUUAUGGACGAAUAAAUUGGAAGCUUGCUGAACAAAAGAAAAUAACAAAAUAUACUAUAAAUACAAUGAAAAAUUUUUGGAAUCAUAACAUAGCUACUUGUUUACCGCAAUUCAUAGAGAAUUACUCUAAAGACGUGGAAAAAAUAAACGAAUUAAAAAAAAAAAAAAAAAAAAUUAAUGUAAUUGCAAAAUUAAAAAGUAAAAAAACUAUAACCCCUUCAAAAGUACAGUUUACAAAACAGACAUCAAACAUUUCUAUGAACAGAGUAAUUAAAGGGGCCUCAUUAGAUUAUAAAAAAUUAAAUACACAAACAUUUAAAAAUAAAAAAAUAGUAACUUCAAUAUUAAAAAAAAAUAUUUUGAAUAAGCAAAUAGAUAAGAAAAAAAAUAAAAAUCCUCAAUUAAAUAAAAUGAAAACAAAAAAAGGAAUAAUUGCGAAAAAAAAAGUUGAUCUAAAUAAGCAAAAAGGAAAUAAUCCAAAAAUAGACAAAGUUAAAAAGGGUGAAAAAAUAAAAAAAAAUGGAAAAAUAGACAAAAAGGAUAAAAAUAAAAUGAAAAAAAAUGAAAAAGGUGGAGAUAAAAAAGAUAAAAUAAAAAAUGAUAAAGCUGUUAUAAAAAAAAUCGGGAAACAAGAAAAGGAUAAAGUAGUGGAAAAAAACGAUAAGCACAAAAAGGAUCAUGAAAAAAAAAUUGAUAAAAAUAAAGAUAAGGAAAAGAUCGAAGAAAAAGGAAAAAAAAACGAUGGAGUGAAAAAAUUGGACAAAAAAGACGAAAUGGAUAAAAAUAAAGAUAGCAAAAAGGAUAAAGUCAUGAAAAAAGAAGAUAAUAAAAAAGACGAUGUCAAAAAAGAUGAUAAAAAAGGGGUGAAAAAAGAUGAUAAAAAAGUUAAAAAGCCAAUCCUAAAAACGCAAAAAACGAAGAAAUAA